AUGGGUUUGAAGAAAGUUCUAGGUUCUGGUGCUGCACUGGUAGCGAAGAGACACUUGAAGUUCGAUGAUGAUGCGGAUGAUUCAUUCCAUACAGCUGAUGAGGGCAACUCUACCCUAGAUGCUCUCAAACCAACAAAAGCAGAAGCGAAUGGUGAAAGUGAAAGUGAGAGUGAGAGUGAUAGCGAUGCGCCAGAAGAAGAAGGCUUGAGUAGUGGGAAAGAUGCUAUAGAGAAAAGGAUUCAGGAAAGAGAAGAGGCUGCAAGGUUACAAGAAGAGGCAGCUAGAGAGAAGAGACGAAAGAACGAGAAAGUGUUCAAGCAACAGCAGCUAGAGAAGAAGAAGAAGCUGCUCGAGUCUGAGGAGGAGAAACAGAGAGAAAAGAUGUUAGAGUUUGAACGACAAUUAGUAGCGCAGCAGGGUUCGGAUAAUGAUGAGCCGGAAGAGUUACCACAAGAGUUCUUUGAUGAGCUAGAAAGUGGAUCUGCAUCUUCCUUCGCAAAGGCUACGCCGAAACAUAUUACUUUCUCGGCAGAAGCGCAAAGAGAAGAAGAACAGGCCCUAAAAGAAGAAUUACGGAAACAAAAGAAGAGAUCACUAAGGGAAUUGAGAAAGACCCAAAUACAGAAAGGACCUGUCACUGUGAACUUGCUAUCGUCGAUGAAGGUAUCUAAGACACUGGCUCCAAAAAAGGAAACCAGUGUCAUGAAAUCAAAGGAUAAAUGGUUGAAAAGAAGAAGUCUCAAACGUAAAUAG